AUAAAAUGUAAGCAGCGAUUUGCACAAUCGAGGGCCACCACGUUCUUGCCGCACUUAUCGCACUGACACCUGACACCACACCACACAGAACAAACGCAAAACAAAGGCCUGCAUGGAGACGCCACUCCGUGAUGAGUCUCUGUCGGUCACUGACUCACCCACUUGCCGCACUUGUCCCCCUCGUCCGUCCUUGGGCACCCGACACACUCGCAAGGCAACAUGCUGGCGGCCUCCUCGGCCAGCUCCCGCCACUUGUCGAGCAUCACCCCCGCCAUCACACGCUGAUUCACCACCACCUCCGUCUCGCCGUUCCACUGCACUGGCGGCUCUACACGGCCCGCCACGUCGCUCACAGAGGGUCGGGCGGCGGUGUCCGUCAUGGCCGUGGGUGAUGUGGGUGAUGUGGCUGUGGCUGUGGCGUGCUGCAGCCGCCUGAGGGAUUCCUGCACGCCCUGUCUGUCAUAGCCCCAGAAGACGUUCACGAUGUGCCGGUCCCGGAGGGCGGCGAUGCACGCCUGUUGCUUGAGGGCGUAAGUGUUGAGGUCAGUGUUGAGCUUGAAGGCGCUGUCGAUGGUCUUGGGGAUGUGGUUCAUGUGCAGCGCGUCCCACCCCGUGGACACCCAAGCACUUCUUCCUGAGUCGAGCGAAGUCGUCCUCGCUGCGAGCCUGGCCGCUGGGGGUCCAAUCUGGGCGCCACUCCCUAAUGGCCAUACACAGACACAGACAGGUAACCAUACAGAGCAGCUGGGCAGGCUACACGGUGCAUGUGUCUGUCUCGAACACAUCGGCGGCUCUAGCGUGUGUGAGACAUUCAUUGUAGUGAAUGCAUCGUCUCUCUGUCUAUCCCACCGGCUCACAGUGUUGCCUGGACCGCUGGGGGUUCUGUGGGAAUGGGGUUGAAGAAAGACGGGACGUACACCUGGUGGUGGGGACCGAUGCGCACUGCCUUCGAGGGCGGCAGCUGCGGUGGCGGCGGUGGCGGAGUGGCGGAUUCCGCGGCGGCAGGCUCUGCUCACAUCAACAAACACCACACGCACACACACACACACACACACAGAGAGAGAGAGAGAUUCGUCAAUCUGUCGCCCGAGCUACUGGCUUUUCAUCGCCCUCUUACGCAGCGGCUGUAUGGGGAGGAUGCCGUAUCGAGCCGCCAGCUUAUUGCGGCGCUGGACUGCCACCCACAGCGCCUCUUCCAUCUCCCUUGGCGUCAACGCCGCCGCCACCGUGGUCCUCGAGCCCUUCACGUCGACGUCCCAGCUCCCCCUCCAGUGAAGUCCUUUCCACCGGAUGUUUAUGUCCUGCACGUUCCCAUUCAGACGCCGGAGUUCCCUCAUCAGUUCCGUAGCGGCCUGUCGGGCCUCCUUUUCGUUCAAAAUGAUGUCGUUCAUGGUGUUUCUCGCCGACGGUGGUGCUUCAAAGGAAAAAUCGCUACCCACCGACCUCCUUUCCACCUGAUGUGCACGUACUGCACGUUCCCAUUCACCUGGCGUCGAGCUCGGAGAUCAGUGCCGCGGCGGCCUUCCGGGCCUCAUUUUUGUUCAAAAUGAUGUCAUCCAUGGUGGUUCCCUCGCACGACGGUAAUACUUGAAGACUCUAUCAGGAUGUUGAAGUUGCUGUGUGCCGAACACACACCGUGGUCAGAAGGAUCAGACGGAGCCCUCGAAUCUCGCCUUA